CUCUCUCUCUCUUUCUUUAGCCCUAAAUGCCGCAAAUCUCCUGCCGUUCUCUAUUCACAGAGCCAGAUGAGCGGGAGCGCGUUCAAUGCGUUCAAGGCGCGGGUGCCGAUCGAGUGGAGCCCGAGGCUAUACAUCACGCUGGUGCGCGGCCUCCCUGGCACCCGCCACCUCCACCGCCGCACCCUUGACGCGAUGCGCCUCCGCCGCUGCCACCGUACCGUUGCUCACCGCAACACCCCCUCCCUCCUCGGCAUGCUCAACCAGGUGAAGCGGUUGGUGGUUGUGGAGACGGAGGCGAUGUUCAACUCCAGGAAGCAACAACAAGAGGAGCACCGAGCCCUGCGGCCACCCAUCGUUGUCAGCCAUUCCCCUCCUCCCACUACCUCUUCCGCAGCCGAUUCUGCUAAGUAGCUACUGCUUUUUCGUUGCUCAGAUCGCUUCGGUUGGGUGAAAGUCUUCAUCCGGAGGCAUAGAACUUCUCAUGGCUGUAAGAUGAUUGCUUUUGUUUUGCGAUGCACUAAUCAAAGAUUAUCUUGAUACUUGCAGACGCAAUUGCAUGUGCACUAGACUUUUAAUAAAUGCUUGUCAUGUUAAAAUUUCCUUAAUGUGCAUCGUUGAUGCUAAUUUUUCACAAAAUCAUCGUACUUGGUCGA